UGGGCCUUGACGACGGCGGCGAGGAGGGCGGCGGCGACAGCGUACUUCAUGUUGGCGGUUUGGUGGGUGGGGAGUAUUAGAGAUACUGGUGUGUAUAAAACAGGCUGAUAGUUGUACAAGAACGAGUGAACUAGAUUGUUGACCAAGCGAGUGGAUGAGGAGAGGAAAAGAGAGAGAGCAGGUCUAGGUCGUAGGGGCGGAUCGGCUUAUGUACCUGAUGGAGAGAGAGCUGGCAGCCUGUCGCUUGCUUGCUUGCUUUCUUGCUUGGCUGGCUGGCUGGCUGGAGCAGAGCGAGCGCAGAGAUCCCGUUCGCUGCCUCGCGCACACCACCUCUCCCCAGCGCAUGAUGGAUGGAGGGUCCGGUUGGACGCAUCGCGUCCUCGCUCCGAGAGGGUUGCAUAUGCGGACUGGGGUAAUCCGGGGCCAGACUGGACAGACCGCCAGGGGCAACGGAUCCAUAUUCCCACUUGCCCAGUCGCUACUCGCUGGUGCUGGGAGCGGCCGAGCGCCAGUGGCGGCUGGACGCGGGCCCAACUUCCAAAUUCGACAGCUGCAUCGGCCAGGCGAUCGACGCGCGAUGGGCCGGGGGGGUCGUUCCCUGCUCGAGGCCUUUCAGGCGGGAUGUGAGCCUCGGGUGGACGAGUGGGCGCUGCUCGACGCACAUGUGACGUUCUCUGGCAGUGGUACCUGUCGAUUGAUUGAUGCGUGGCUGGUCGAGAGGCAUGACUGGGAGGAGGUUGGAAUUGAGUUUUUAGGUUGUCACAGCCACAUGAUGGUGCACCGUAUCUUCGUGUUAAUCGUCAAUAAGGUGUAAUAGUGAGCCCAGACUCAUUUUUAGUGCUUGGACGCUCCUUUCAGCAUUGCUUGCAUUGCUCCAUACUGUUCAAUGGCAAUAUUGACAAGGAAUUUGUG